AGGUGUGAGGAACUGAAAAAGGCUCCUCGCGCGGAUGAUUGUUGCUUGCGAUAAAACACAUAGUGUAUCCAGUUGUAUAGCAAACAUACAAACGUUUCCGUGUGUGCCAUUAUUCGGUAAUGUCGGCUGCAACAUCUGCGCAAACGGAUCGGGCUAUUGGCAUAUGCUGUCGUCUUGUGAUAAGGUGUAGCUGUCUCCAUGGCGACCAGCGUGGUUCCCGGGGACAACUUACCCACGUAUAAACUGGUGGUGGUGGGAGACGGAGGGGUGGGGAAGAGCGCGCUCACCAUCCAGUUCUUUCAGAAGAUCUUCGUCCCUGAUUACGACCCCACCAUUGAGGACUCGUACCUCAAACACACAGAGAUUGACGGACAAUGGGCCAUUCUGGACGUUCUGGACACUGCUGGGCAGGAGGAGUUCAGUGCGAUGAGAGAGCAGUACAUGAGGACAGGAGACGGGUUUCUCAUUGUCUUCUCAGUGACCGAUAAAGCCAGUUUUGAACAUGUAGACCGUUUCCACCAACUUAUACUGAGAGUGAAAGACAGGGAGUGUUUUCCUAUGGUUCUAGUGGCAAAUAAAGUCGACCUGGUGCAUUUACGUAAAAUCACCAGUGAGCAGGGACACGAAAUGGCCUCCAAACACAAUAUUACGUAUAUUGAGACGAGUGCAAAAGAUCCGCCCAUGAAUGUAGACAAAACAUUUCACGAGCUCGUCAGAGUGAUACGUCAGCAGAUCCCAGAACGGGGUCUAAAGAAGAAGAGAAAGACCAAAUGGCGGGCGGACAGACCUUCGGGGUCCCAGAGACUGCACUGCGUUUUACUGUGACCGCACAUCUCUAUCUCUGGGCGUCAAAGCCACGAUGAUGACUCCGUGACUCGGACUGUUAAAACACACACACACACACACACACACACACACACACACACACACACAUAUAUGUUGGUGCGGCUAUCCUUAUGAGGACUCUCCAUAGACAUAAUGAUUUUUAUACUGUACAGACUAUAGAUUAUAUCCCCUAAACCGAACCCUCACAAAAAACGUUUUGCAUUUUUACAUUUUCAAAAAAACAUCGUUUAUUAUGUUUUUUUUUUGUUUUUUUUUUAAGUGAUUUGAAUUAUGGGGACACUGGAAAUGUCUUCAUAAAGCAUAUUUAUAGCAUAGUACCCUUGUAAUUACCAGUUUGUAACUGAAAAAAAUGUCCUCGUAAGCCACCCAAACCCGCGCGCACGCACACACCACACACACACACACACACACACACACACACAGUUAUCUACGAUAAGAUCCAGGAACUUGAAAAAACAGUUUGAAGAUUCCAUAAUUUAUGACGAAAAUGCAGGAAUUUCAGUUACUGAAAUUUAAAUUUCUUCUUAAAAAGGUGAAGUCCUGGAAAAUAUGGCAGGAUUUUAGCGCUGUUCAGUCUCUUAAUCUCUCAGAGAACAAUUCAAAGACAUCUCCUCUGAGGCCUUGUUUUGUAUUGUGUUUCUAUAUUUAUUGUGCUGAAUUAUAUAUUGUCGAGUGAUUGUUAAACAUAAAGACUUUUGGAAAGGUUUGUUCUGGGAAUGUUAUGACCUGUAAUGAUCAGAAUUCAAGUUGAACUGGCAUUACAUAAAUAGAUACAGACAUUACAAAAGAAUCCUCCCCCUCCCCCAACUUGGGUAAAAAAGCUAAUGUCGGUUACCACGCCUACGUAUAGUCACUUAUUCAUUUCUACAGGGAAAUUUAAGAGUCAUUUUCACUGUAAAACGCUUGGUUAAAUCUACGGGGGAAACAAUAGCAGCUGUGGUUGCCAUAUAAAUUACAGUUCUAUUUCUAUAUUAGAAAAAAUGAUUAAGUAGUUGGCAUAUAUGUAAUUUAAUGAACAGGGUAACACAUACAGGUGCAUCUCAAUAAAUUAGAAUGUCGUGGAAAAGUUCAUUUAUUUCAGUAAUUCAACUCAAAUUGUGAAACUCGUGUAUUAAAUAAAUUCAAUGC